GUCAUGGCGUCCCAGGGAGGAUGUAUAAAUAGCAAGGUGGCUAGAUUACUUAGUCGCCGUAACGGCAAGCCCGUGCUGAAGCCUAACAAGCCGUUGGUGCUGGCGAAUACUGUGGCCAACCGCAAGCCCAAGCUCGGAGAGGCUAGCUGUGUUACAAAAAUGUCCUUAAUGAUGGCCUGUUGGAAGCAGAAUACCUUUAUUGAUGCAUCAUGUACCAAAGAGAUUCAAACUUUCUUUGACUGUGUUGCAAAAGCACAGGCUGAUAAAAAGGCUGGACUGCACCGAGAAAUACAAGCUGGACGUCUGCCACCAAAGCUAGUAAACCAGUUACUGAGACGAUUCCCAACUAUUGACCAUGAAAUCUAGAAGGGCAUCUUCUGUUUCAUGUGACUGUUCUUGCUACAUUGUAGGGGAAAUACUGUGGUCCUCUUGCAGACACUGAAUAGCUGAAGUUAUCAGGCCCAUGUGCACUAAUUAUGGCCAGUUGCAGGAUUUGAUGGCCUU